AUGGGGGCCGCCGUCUUCUUCGGCUGCGCCGGGAUCGCCUUCGGGCCGGCGCUCGCCCUCGUUCUCCUGACGGUGGCGGCGGAGCCGUUGCGGGUCAUCGUCCUGGUGGCGGGGGCGUUUUUCUGGCUGGUGUCGCUGCUCCUGGCGUCUCUGAUCUGGUUCAUUUCGGUUCAUCUCAGCGACCGGGAGGACGCCAAGCUGCAGUACGGCCUCCUCGUCUUCGGGGCUGCCGUCUCCGUCCUGCUGCAGGAGGCUUUCAGAUUCGCCUACUUCAAGCUGCUGAAGAAAGCGGAUGAAGGCCUGGCGACGAUCAGUGAGGACGGCCGGUCCCCCAUCUCCCUCAGGCAGAUGGCUUACGUCUCGGGCCUGUCCUUCGGCAUCAUCAGCGGCGUGUUUUCCGUCAUUAACAUCCUGGCAGACUCCAUCGGGCCGGGCAUCGUCGGGAUCCACGGGGACUCGCCGUACUAUUUCAUCACGUCCGCGUUCCUCACCAUGGCCCUCGUCUUGCUCCACACCUUCUGGGGCGUGAUCUUCUUCGACGCCUGUGAAAAACGUCGCUAUUGGUGCCUGGGGCUGGUGGUUGCCAGCCACCUCCUCACCUCGGGGCUGACGUUCCUGAACCCCUGGUACGAGGCCAGCCUGGUCCCCAUCUUCAUCAUCACCCUCUGCACCGGCCUCUGGGCCUUCUUCACCGCCGGAGGCUCCUUCCACAACAUCCUCAAGUGCCUCUCCUGUAAGCAGGAGGAUGACAGCAGAGUGAUGAUGUACUCAGCGCUGCAGGUGCCUUGCGAGGACUGAGCGGCAGCCGCAGCCCUGCCUGCCUGCGCCGUGCCCAAGUGCCCUCUCCUCGGCCGCUGGAAGGUCGCGACGGUUUGUUCCUGCGGUGCUGCCGCCCGGCCGAGCCCUGGCCCCUCGCCGUGGCGCAGAGGUGGCUCCGUGCCCCGUCCUGCUCCGGAGGGGAUUUUUUGGGGUCUGACCGGUGCUCGUGGGCGCCCCAUUAGCUUCCUUAGCAACUUCCAUUAGUCUUUUUCUUACAGGGUGAGCGCAGGGGAGGCUGGAGCGGGGCUGGGCGCCCUGUGCUGCGGCCGGGCUCGCGGG